AAAGGCGAAUCACAGCCGUGAUGUGCCGUCGUCAGUAACAGUGAAGCGUUAAGUGAGAUAGGGAGAGAGAGAGAGAGAGAGAGAGAGGAGCUGGUACACCUGAGAAGAGAGGAACAGGCAGAGAUGGCAUUUAAUCAGUUGACCACCGCUUUGCAGAUAUAUGAUGAGUGGAUCAAGAAUGCAGACCCCAGGACUGAAGACUGGCUGCUCAUGUCCUCUCCGCUGCCUCAGACUAUCAUCAUUUGUGCCUAUAUCUAUUUUGUGAUGUCACUGGGGCCCAGGUUGAUGGAAAACAAGAAACCAUAUGAUCUGAAGAAAGUCCUUGUGAUCUACAACUUCGGCGUUGUGGCUCUCUCUCUAUAUAUGUGUUAUGAGUUUGUGAUGUCUGGCUGGGGCACAGGCUACUCGUUUAGCUGUGAUCUGGUGGAUUACUCCCACUCCCCACAGGCUAUGAGGAUGGCACACACAUGCUGGCUGUACUAUUUUUCCAAAUUUAUUGAAAUGCUGGACACAGUGUUCUUUGUGCUGAGGAAAAAGAAUAACCAGAUCAGUUUCCUGCAUGUCUUCCAUCACUCUAUAAUGCCAUUCACAUGGUGGUUCGGUGUCAGGUUUGCUGCAGGUGGCCAGGGGACAUUCCACGCCCUUCUGAACUGCAUAGUCCAUGUCAUAAUGUACACAUACUAUGGUCUGUCAGCGCUGGGGCCUGCUUUUGAGAAGUUUCUCUGGUGGAAGAAGCACCUGACGAGUAUACAGCUAACGCAGUUUGUGAUCGUCACCACUCACAUUGGUCAGUACUUCUUCAUGAAGGAUUGUCCCUAUCAGUACCCCAUCUUCAUUUACAUCAUUGCCCUCUAUGGCUUGGUCUUUCUCUGCCUGUUUCUCAACUUCUGGUAUCACGCGUACACCAAGGGCAAGAGGCUUCCCAAAGUUCUCCGGAGUUCAGACAAGGUCCAGAACAACAACAGCAUCUCCUCCAGCAAACACGAUUAACCUCAUUUAGGAACUUUCCGAAUUGACAAUCGGACCUGUAUGGAGUACUUGAGUACUUGAGCGCUGCUGUUUUUUGGCCUACUGUAAUUUUUAUAUUAGGAAUAUUUAUAUUUGACUACAGAUCUAAAAUUGCUUUGAAAAGUGAGAGAAGAAUAGAACUUCAUAUUUAGCUGAAUGAAUACACAAGUUAAAAUCAACUCCAUUGUUAUAUUGCUGUUUCCUGUCAAAUGUCACUAAUACCAAACGCUGCAGCUGAAUGCACAUCAGUUGAAAACUGUGGAUUCCUGAAUCCUCUGCUUUGACCUGCAUUUUUAAUCUUUUCUCUUUUUAGAAUAGCUAAAAUGUUUUUGACGUUGCUUUUACAUUGGAUAGAAAGCCAAAUUAAUCCAGCUUUAAAGUCCUAGCUGCUCAUUUAGUUCCUCAUCUAAAAUCUUUGUUCCCUAACUGUUAGGAGUGAGUUAAAAGGAACGCUCUAUAGUUCCAAGUGUGAGAAAUCGAAGUCUGGACUCGUUACCAGGUUCUGAGAGUUUAAGAGGUUAUGUUACCAAUUCACAAUACAAUUCCCUAGCCAGAUAUUAAAAAACCACCAGUGCCUUAACUGCUUUUUUUCCCCUCCUACAUUCCCUGGCCUUUCUCUCCGUUUUAGAAAACAUGCUGAUCUAUGCAUACAGUCAGAUAUAUUUUUUUUACCCACAAAUCUACAAUACGUUUGCACUAAAUUCAGUCUUUGAGAAGUACAGGACAAUGUGAAUGUCCCUGAAGGAGCCAGUGCAUUUAUCUGAACUUCUGAGUACGAACUGAUCUUGGAUCAGAUCUUGUCUGACCAUUUGAAUAUGUGGAAAGGAAGGCGAAAGUCUUAUUCAGGAACAGAACUCUUAUUCUGAGAAGUGUAAUACAUGCUAAUACAAGUUCAGAUAAAUAUGCACUAUUGGUGAUGUGGGACAGGACAAACAAGGCAUCAGCAUGUCUUCUAAUACGGAUGAUGAGUAAGGCAACAUUAUGCAGAUUAAGUGCUCAUUUUAUUUUAGUACUGUCAUGAUUGUCCUUGUUUAGGACAGGAGUCCACAUUCUGAUUUUUUUUUAUAUAUAUAAACUUGAAUAUGUGAAAUCAAACAGAUGAACUGUAUGUUUUAAAAUGUAUAUUUAUAAAUAAAUGUCACUGGUGAAA